AUGAGUAUCCCACUGGCUGCAAAGAAGUCCUGUUUCGGUCAGUUGAGAGAUCACCAAGAGCGGGCAAGAAAUAAUAACGGGAGCACUGUAAGCAUGGGUGAUCCAAAUGCCAAUCAAAUCACGCUGGAGGUCAGCUCCUCCCACGAUGAGCCCGGGACGUGUGAUCUCGAUGCUGAGAUUGGAAAUGCAAAUUUAAGCAGGCCACAAUGCCACAGCCACUCCCAGAAGGAGCCCUCUCUACUGCAGGGCUUUGGGUUAGGGUCUCAGGCUGGCUCCACCAGCCUGAGGGAUUUCCAGCCUUCUCUGGCUGUUCACAGACUACUGGGUGAAGAACACGCGGGGAAAAGAGGUAUCCUACAGACCCCCCAGAGUGUCCAGGGACCGAGUCUAUCCUCCUGGAGGAAUGCAGUGGGGCAAGCCGGUCCAGAGGUUUCGACUAAAAGGGAUGCUGAAAUCCCCCGGCACACUCCCAAGGACAAAUUGGCAAAGACCCUUGACAAUGAAGAACUGAAAAGAGCGGGCGGCUCAGGAGCUGCAGCUGGCAGACUCAUUCGGGAGACUCAGCAGCCCGCAGGGCUGGAUACCUCAGAGCCACAGGGCCCUGUGCCUGGGCGUGGGGCGGGGCCGCAGGGCACAUCAGCUGGUCACUCUCCAGGGACAGUUUUUUCUCUUGGUGAGGGUACCUCAGAUGGGAAAUACAUGCGUCCUCCUAAACCAUCUACCUCAGAAGCCAGGGGGUCCAUCCCAUCAGAUGCCAAGGUGGAGGGGAGACGUGACCUGGACGGUUACAGCGAAGGUAUCGCUUGCCCAGAAUGGACUCCCAAUUCGGGUUCAGCCCCGAAGGAAAUUUCCAGCCUCGGUUAUCCAGAUACGCAUGUAGGUCAAGGAGCAGGGGAGCCCCAAGUGGAACUCAAAUAUAUCCAACCCAGAAAGGAGCAGGGACUAAAGUCAGCCCAGGCACAGGGCCUGGGAUGCCACGAGGAAAAAAGUGUGUCACCCAUGGAGAGGAAGGAACUAUGUGAGAAAGCACAAGAAGCCACAAGUCAGCUGGACAGCAGCCACCAUCAGCAGGGAGUGGGAGAAAGCAGCGGCCAGGAAGAAAUGACGGCGGUCAGAACUGGUGUGGAGGGGUCUCAGCAAGCCAUCCCUGCACAGGGUGCUGCUCCUUCUGGAGAGGGAGCUACUAGAUUCAGCGGCAAAACGUCACCAGGUGAAGGCAGAAGGGUGAGACAAACAUCCAGCGACCUUGCACCCGGCGACGGCUGCCUAGCUUCUGUUCUCCAUGAUCCGACUAAAAGCCUGCCCUCUGAGGUCAGCAGAGAGGAGAGGAGGCAGGGCAGCAGUAGUGGGGGCAGUGCCAAGGCACUGGACUUGGGUCCUUCUGCAGGAGGGAGCAGAGCCAAGGCCUCCUCUGAGCUCUUGGGCCCUCGCACUGACGCCGUGGACGCCAGAGAGAGCAGAGAGACAGUACCUGUAACUGAAAAUAGGAGCCUUCUAGAAAACGCAGCCCAAACCGAAGUUGCUCCAUCCGGAGGAGAUUCGGUUUUCAGGACCCCAGCUCCCCUCCACCCAGAGACAACUGUGAACUUGCCUGGCCACUCCACUCCCCCAGGGAGCAGUUCUCAGGUCAGUGUGGACAUGGGGUCACCCUCGGUGGCCUUGUCCCCCACUGAUGGCGGGCAGGUGUUGAACACAUCCCUGAAAGUGCCUGACAAAAGCACCUGCCCAAGUGGGAUCCCCAAGCCUCUCACACAUCCCAAGGACACACCUUCCUCCCAGGAAGCAACCGAGAAACUGGAGACGGAGAAAGCAGAAGAAAGGAUGGAGACAAAGCCGGUCAUUAUGCCGAAGCCCAAACAUGUGAGGCCCAAGAUCAUCACGUACAUCCGUAGGAACCCCCAGGCCCUGGGUCAGGGCGAUGCCUCACUGGUCCCUGUGGGGCUUCCGUACGCCCCUCCUGCAUGUGGCAUGCCUCUUCCGCAAGAGGAGAAGACAGCGAACCGUGACCUCCAGCCAUCUGCCAACAUGUAUGAGAAAUUCAAGCCCGACCUGCAAAAGCCGAGGGUCUUUCCCUCUGGACUGAUGGUGUCUGGGAUCAAGCCCCCAGGGCAUCAUUUCAGUCAGAUGAACGAAAAGUUUCUGCAGGAGGUCACAGACCACCCUGGGAAAGAAGACUUUUGCUCUCCUCCCUACACCCAUUAUGAAGUCCCUCCCACUUUCUACCGCUCGGCCAUGCUCCUUAAGCCCCAGUUGGGACUGGGUGCAAUGUCCCGACUCCCGUCUACCAAAAGCAGGAUCCUGAUCGCAAGCCAGAGGUCUUCCACGAGUGCCAUUCACCCACCCGGACCAAUAACAACAGCUGCCGGUUUCUACGGUUCUGAUCCUUCAGAUCUCAAGAAAGCCUCCAAUUCAAAUGCUGCAAAAUCCAGUCUACCAAAAUCUGGGCUUCGUCCUCCUGGGUACUCCCGUCUCCCAGCAGCCAAGCUGGCGGCCUUUGGCUUCGUGAGGAGUUCCAGUGUCUCUGCGGUGCCCAGCACCCAAUCCCUGGACAGUGUGCAGCCGGAGCAGAGUCGGCCAGUCACCCGCUCCACCUUUGGGAAUGAAGAGCAGCCACCUCUGAAGCCAACUCUGCCUUCUAAGGACACACCCAAGGGAGCCAGCCGGGCAGCCCCUGCAUCUGCCUCCAAUGCAACAACACCACGCAGAAGUUUACUUCCGGCACCCAAAUCCACCUCCACGCCUGCUGGAGCGAAGAAAGAAUCUCAGAAAGAUCCAGAAGCUAACAAACCUGCCGUGUCAUCUCCCAAGAGAACAGCGUCAUCUUCCAGCAAGGUUCACUCACCAGGGCACCCAAAGCAGAGAACCACUGCCCCUCGGAAUGGGUUUGCACCCAAGCCUGACCUGCAGGCCCGAGAGGCAGAGCGGCAGCUGGCCCAGCGACUGAGGGACAGGUGUGAGUGGCAGGCCAGGCAGCUGGGCGUGGCUCGAGGGGAGCUGAAGAGGGCCAUCCGUGGCUUCGACGCCCUGGCUGUCUCCACGCAACACUUCUUCAGAAAGAGUGAAAGUGCCCUUGCGAAGGAAAAGGAGCUGACAGUUGAGCUUGCAAGCAUCAGGGAUGAAGUCGCCUUCAACACCGCCAAAUGUGAGAAGCUGCAGAAGGAGAAGGAGGCGCUGGAGAGGCGGUACGAGGAGGAGCUGAGGAGGCUGGGCUGGCAGCAGCAGGCCGAGGUGCAGGAGCUUCGGGAGCGGCUACAGCAGCAGUUCCAGGCCGAGAGCGCACGCCUGCGGGCGGAGCAUCAGGACCAGCUGCUGCGCAUGCGCUGCCAGCACCAAGAGCAGGUGGAAGACAUCACUGCCAGCCACGAGGCUGCUCUGCUGGAGAUGGAAAACAACCACACGGUUGCCAUCACGAUCCUGCAGGAUGACCAUGACCACAAAGUUCAAGAACUGAUAUCUACCCAUGAAUUUGAAAAGAAGGAACUGGAAGAAAACUUUGAAAAGCUGCGUCUGUCAUUACAGGACCAGGUGGACAUGCUGACAUUUCAGAGCCAGUCUCUGCGGGACAGAGCCCAGCGCUUUGAGGAAGCUCUACGGAAAACCACAGAAGAGCAGCUGGAGAUUGCAUUGGCUCCCUAUCAGCACCUGGAAGAAGACAUGCAGAGCCUGAAGCAGGUGUUGGAGAUGAAGAACCAGCAAAUCCACCUGCAGGAGAAGAAAAUUAUAGAGUUGGAGAAGCUGGUGGAGAAGAACAUCAUCCUGGAGGAAAAGAUCCAAGUUCUUCAGCAGCAGAACGAGGACCUCAAAGCAAGGAUUGACCAGAACACGGUUGUUACCAGACAACUGUCGGAGGAGAAUGCUAACCUCCAGGAAUAUGUGGAGAAAGAGACCCAGGAAAAGAAGAGACUGAGCCGAACCAAUGAAGAACUACUUUGGAAGCUCCAGACUGGGGACCCCACCAGCCCGAUUAAAUUGUCCCCGACGUCCCCAGUGUAUAGAGGCUCCUCCUCUGGACCGUCCUCUCCAGCCAGAGUUGGCACCACACCUAGAUGA